ACCAAUCCCAUCCACGCCCAUCCUCCAAACGUGUAAGGGUUCUGCCAACCCUUCGUCAAGUCUGCGUCCCCUCCGCCUCGUCUCCUACCUGCUCCCUCCUCUCCCACAUCAUUGCCCUCAAGCCCACGCCCCCUCCACCUUGUCUCCUCUCCAACGCCGCCGCCCUAGAUGCGUCGUCAGGGACGCCGUCGACACGUCGGGAUACGUAGGGAUGGAGCUCAGCCCGAGUCUAGCAGAAGCCCACUCCUAACCCUAUUUUCUCGAUUGACAAGACCAGGGCAACGGAUUGGAUCGAGGGCGCCCGCAUGGCCUCGCCGCCGCUGCCGCCUGGAUUCGCUAGCUGCCGCCUCGAGUUACCUCCGUCGCCGCCGCCGCGAGUCAGCUCCACCGUUGCCGUCAGGAAUCUCGUCCAGGAAUGAAUGUUCUAGGGUUGGAGCAGAGGGGGUUGAGCAGCAGUUGAGCUUAGGCUCAUAUCAGGUUGCUUUGGAGGCUGAUAUCAGGUGGCUACUCAUGUUUGGCUUGGUGGCUUGGUGCCUAAAUUUUAGAUGUUUCAUUAAUCUUGGCUGCUUUUCUCAUCCGUUUUGGGUUUUAACCUUGGAUCUAGAAGGUUGCAGCUUCUUUGUUCUCCUACUCAAGAGUUGCUCAUUGUUCAGUUCAAGCCAUGUUCUUCAGGAAAAUCAUCGUUUCUUCACUUCCAAGGCCAGCGUCACUCAACUUUGCUUGGAGCAUGCUUAUUUGUUUCUACAUUGCCUUUGCUUAAUAUUUCUCUUGAUUUCCUAUGUGAUUGAGAUGUGUGCCUAUCUCGACUGUUCUGUUGUGUUGGCAAUUUCUCGCCACUGGCCCAUUAUAACUGUUGUUCACGUACCUGGUGCACUUCUAAUUUUGAAUUGUGCUUGCUGAGUGCCCUCAUUUUUUUACUACCUUCCGUUGGUGUAUAUGCAAGCUGUAGAGUUUUGUUGUUCAAUCUGGUUAUAGCUUUAUUCUCCUAUUUUCUUACUCAUUCCCACAUUGUCUUAGUUAUUAGAAAUGUAAAUAGGCCAUGUGAAAAUAAGCUAAAGUAGCUUUUUUGGGAGAUUUUUUGUGACACUGUUUUUUGUUCAACAGAACCAUUUUUUUGCUAAGUAAAUUACAUUAUGUGUCCAACAUCUGAUGGUUUGCUACCUAUAUUACUGGCUUGCAUGCUUUGAGAAAAUGAUUUUAGCAUGUUUGUCAUUCAUAUAUCUGUCCAUCUGCGAUGGAAAAAAAUGUUAUUUGCUCAUGCCUCAUGUCAUAAAAUCAAAUGUCUGCACCAUGUUGAUAUUCUUCAUAAAGAAACCACUUGCUUUUACAAGUACUGGACUAUUGUGAGUGUCGUCGUCUUCAUUGAUGGGAGGAUGAGAGCGGCAAUAGCGCUAGCCAGCGAGGCAGGCUGCUUGGCUCUGGGGCCGACACCUACCGUCCACUUUCGUUGGGCGGAUCUGCCACUUCAAAAACUUUGGUGGCCAUAAGCAAUCUCAAGAGCUUGUUGUGAUGAUUUGAAUGUAAGCAGUUUCCUUCGUUGUGCUUGUGUGUGCUUCUAUGUCUUUCAUGGUCUAUUCUUAGUGUAUGGAAUGGUUAUAUUAGCCAUGUAGUUUACUUUCAUUUUUGAAUCUUGAUGCAUCGAAAAUAGUUGUAAACUGCAAGACCUUAUUUCUGUGGGUGAAAUAAUAGAUCCACAUUGGCUCUUA